CUUCAAUCUCUAAAAUCCACUAAUAAAAGGAAGCUUUAAAUUCCUAAAUUAAAUGGACAAUCUUUAACUGAUCACAUACCUCCCACCUUCUCUCAUAUAUAUAUAUAUAUCUCUUUCAUUUCAUACAAUCUCCAUUAAUUUAGCAGUAGAAGAAUCUAAUAAAUAACAAAGAACAGAAAAUUUUUAAAAACCCUAAACAGUAAUUAAAAUUUGAAGAUGAGGCCACAGAGAAGGCCGAUACAAGCAGUAAUGGCGUGGCUAAGAAGACAACCGCCGAAAGUGAAGGCAUUUCUUGCAGUAGUUGCAGGAAUGGGGGCGUUGGUGUUGUUAAGAGCUGUUGUUCAUGAUCACGAUAAUCUUUUUGUUGCUUCUGAAGCUGUUCAUGUUAUUGGAAUUGUUGUUCUUAUAUAUAAACUUACUAAGGAGAAAACUUGUGCUGGACUGUCAUUGAAAUCACAGGAGCUGACAGCUAUCUUCUUGGCAGUUCGGCUGUACUGCAGUUUUGUCAUGGAAUAUGAUAUUCACACACUGCUAGAUACAGCGACCUUGGUUUUUACAAUUUGGGUCAUUUAUAUGAUUCGAUUUAAGCUUAGGUCAACUUAUAUGGAGGACAAGGACAAUUUUGCUCUUUAUUAUGUGUUAUUACCUUGUGCUGUUUUGGCAUUUUUGGUUCAUCCCUCAACUUCACACAACUUUUUCAACAGAAUAUUGUGGGCAUUCUGUGUAUAUUUAGAAGCAGUCUCAGUUCUGCCACAACUACGGGUUAUGCAAAAUACAAAGAUUGUUGAACCAUUUACAGCGCAUUAUGUAUUUGCGCUUGGAGUAGCAAGAUUCUUGAACUGUGCCCACUGGGUUCUUCAGGUAUUAGACAGCCGUGGACACCUUUUAACGGCUCUGGGCUAUGGAUUAUGGCCAUCCUUUGUUCUUAUUUCGGAAAUUGUGCAAACUUUCAUCCUUGCGGACUUUUGUUACUACUAUGUCAAAAGCAUCUUUGGAGGGCAACUUGUCCUACGCCUUCCUUCGGGAGUUGUGUAAACUACAGUUAACGGGAGGCUGCACAAAAAAAAAAUGGUUUAGAGAGCUUGUGGACGGUUCUCUUUCACUUGUUCAGCCUUCUUUGCACUCCAUACAGGCGAUCAGUGCGUUCUAGUGUGAUUAUAACCCGAUUUGGUAGGGGAUGUGUAAACGUUAGGGGUGAUAGAAGAACAUUGGAUUAAAGUUAAUUUAUACUGCUUUGUUUAUCUGAACGAGUACAUUAAUUUUACAUCACCAAAACUCCAAUUUGUCUCAUAGGCAAGUAGCAAUUGAAGUCGACGAAAUUAAGCUUUUCUU